AUGAAGGCCCGGCGGAAUGAGAGCAGCAAGAAGCCUCGCUGCGGAGGAGCGGUGGCGGCGUGGCUUCUGGUUCCGCUGCUCGUCCUCGUCCUGCUCAAGACCGAUUGCCUGCUGCAGGUUACUCCCCGGUUAGACUGUGAAAGAGUACGGCAGGGGCAGCAGCUAGUUGACGUGGCCAAGUUAAAAGAUGCGGAUCCUACGCCGAAGACACCUGAUUCAGCCACCGAAGCACCACGAUCUCAUGCAUUAAGUGACGAGAUCGCCGGCCAUAGCAUCGAUGCGAUCAAAGAUCUCAAACACGAAAAGGACUCUCUCGCAAUGAAAGCGGCAAUAGAUGGUUCUUUGAGAAGUUCAGGUAAUGUGGCAGCACCAAGAAGCAAGUUGAGCUGCAACUUCAGCAGCAAGCGCAUGAACACCUGCGCCAUGGAAGGCGACGUCCGCAUGCACGGCAAAUCCGGCAGCUUCUACGUGGUCGCUGUCUCCGAUGACAGCUACCGGCCGGAGAAUGGGACGGUCGUGAUCCGCCCGUACCCGCGCAAGUGGGAGAAAUGGUCAAUGCUGACGGUCCGGGAGGUGACCAUCCACUCAGGCGCCGCGGCCGCCGCCCCGCCACGGUGCACGGUGAGGCACGACGUCCCCGUUGUGGUCUUCUCCACCGGCGCCUACAGCAGAAACUUCUUCCACUCCAUGACCGACAUCGUCAUCCCCCUCUUCAACACGGCGCGGGAGUACGAUGGCCAGGUCCAGCUCGUGGCCACCGACUACAAGCACAAGUGGAUCACCCAGUUUCGGCACAUCCUCGCCGCGCUCUCCGUCUACCCGGUCAUCGACUUCGACGCCGACGAAACCGUGCGCUGCUUCCCUUCGGCGCGCGUCGGCGUCGAGGGCCACGCGGAGCUAAGGAUAAUCCCUGCGCUCUCCAGAAAGGGCUACACGAUGACGGACUUCCGGGACUUCCUCCGGUCGGCCUACUCGCUGAAGCGCGCAUGGACAACCCCCGCGAACCGGAGCUCCGGCGGGCAGAGGCCCCGUCUCGUGAUGGUACUGAGGCGGAAAUCGAGGUCGCUCACCAACGAGGCGGAGGCCAUAGCGACGGCCACGGAGGUCGGAUUUGAGGUGGUGGCCGCGGGGCCGGAGAUGGUCGCGAACAUGGCCGAGUUCGCGGAGGUGGUGAGCUCGUGCGACGUGAUGGUGGGCGUGCACGGCGCCGGGCUCACCAACAUGGUGUUCCUGCCCAACAACGGCACGGUGAUGCAGAUCAUCCCGUGGGGCGGGUUGAGGUGGAAUUGCUUCACCGAACUAGGGCUUCCGGUGCCAGAGAUGGGGAUCCGUUACGUCGAGUACGAGGCUACCGCGGAGGAGACAACUCUCAAGGACGUAUACCCGAGGGACCACGUCGUCUUCACCGACCCUUUAGCCAUACACAAGAAAGGAUUCGAUCCAGUGUAUGAGAUCUUCCUCGAGGGCCAGAACGUCACCCUUGACAUCGACCGCUUCAGAGGAGCCAUGCAGCAGAUCUACCAGUCCGUCACCAUCGCAUAG